ACUCAUAUGAGUUUUUUUUAGUGGUUGAACGGAUAACUUAAAUAAAAUAACGAAAAAUCAAAUAAAUUAACCAAGCUGCUACUUUCUAGCACACCUCCAUAGCUAACAGCUAACUCCUCCAAACGUAUUUAAUUCGAUUUAAUCAGUAGCCAGCGAUUAUUUCAGACAAAUAAUGUAAACUAUAAUAAGCCAGGAUAGUAAGAAUAACGUUAAUUGUGCUUGUGGUUUGAAUUUAAGCAUGUAUGGCAUGAGCACUGAAGCGCCCGAGAAAGCCGGUGACGAAGGCCCAAGCUCCGGAGGAGGCGCGGGGAGCGGCGGGGGUUCGCGCUUUGACCUGGAGAAGGAGACCGAGUUGCGGUUUGAGGUCGAGGCCGGAGAGCGGGUGCAGCUCGAACUGCUGUCCGGUUUGGCCGAGGUGUUCGGGUCCGAACUGAACCGGAACAAGAAGUACACAUUCGGGCCUGGUUCGAAGAUCGCUGUGUUCACGUGGCAGGGAUGCAGCCUGUCACUCAGCGGCAAGACCGAGGUGGCUUAUGUCUCCAAAGACACGCCUAUGCUGUUGUAUCUGAACACACACGCUGCAUUGGAGCAAAUGAGACGGCAGGCUGAGAGGGAAAACGAGAGAGGGCCAAGGGUCAUGGUGGUGGGGCCGACCGACGUGGGGAAAUCCACAGUAAGUCGUCUGCUGCUGAACUACGCCGUGAGGCUGGGCAGGAGGCCCACGCUUGUGGAGCUGGACGUCGGCCAAAGCAGCGUUUCUGUUCCAGGGACAAUGUCAGCGUUGUACAUUGAGCGUCCAGCAGAUGUCGAGGAAGGCUUCUCCGUCCAGGCUCCUCUAGUCUUCCACUUUGGCUCCACGACACCAGGGACCAAUAUCAAACUCUAUAACAAGCUGACGUCCUGCCUAGCGGAGGUGUUCUCACAGCGCUGUGAGGUGAACCGGAAAGCCAGCGUAGGAGGCUGCAUCAUCAACACGUGCGGCUGGGUGAAGGGUUCAGGAUACCAGGCGCUGGUCCACUGCGCUUCAGCGUUCCAGGUGGACGUGGUGCUGGUCCUCGAUCAGGAACGCCUGUACAACGAGCUCAAACGGGAUCUGCCACACUUUGUCCGCGUGGUGCUGCUACCCAAGUCCGGCGGUGUGGUAGAACGCUCCAAAGACUGCAGGCGGGAGACACGUGACGAUAAGAUCCGCGAGUAUUUUUAUGGUUUCCGCAGCACCUCGUUCUACCCACAUGCUUUCGACGUGCGCUUCUCAGAUGUGCGCAUCUACAAGAUCGGAGCACCCUCCAUUCCAGACUCGUGUCUGCCACUGGGCAUGUCGCAAGAUGACACGCAGCUGAAGCUGGUGCCAGUGAGCCCAGGGCGUGACCUGACCCAUCACGUGCUGAGCGUUAGCUGCGUGGAGGACGACGCCGAGGCAGGGGAGAGCCGCAGCAGGGGGAUUUUAGAGAGUCCGGUUUGUGGCUUCAUCGUGGUUACGGCUGUGGACACUCAGGCUCAGGUGAUGACCGUACUCGCUCCAGCACCCAGACCGCUGCCUCGACACACACUCCUCAUCAUGGACAUUCGCUUCAUAGACCUCAAAUGAAGAAGUGGAGGGAAGGGUGGGGACGAGUGUGUGUGGGGGGGGGGGCAUGCUGGGAAAAACAGGAAUGUGGAAAUGGAGUGAGAUUAUCAUCUGUACAUGAACUGAAGUGGGAUCAGCAGAUGGAAAGAUCACUGUGCCCUUAUUUUACCAGUGCUUAUUCUUCCUCAUAUUGAUUUUUAUUCCUCUCAUUUUAUUGGUCCCUACUUUCUCUCACCCUCAUUUUCUCUCUUUCUGCUUUUUCCACAUUUUCUCCAUGUCUCUCGUUUUUCUUUUUUUUCUUUUUUCUUUUUAAUCUCUUUCACGCUUUAUUUCUUUGUACAUCCCAUCAGUUUCCUUUCGUAAUCAUUUCUUCUCACUCUUCCUUUCUUUCUCACGUUUUUUCUUUUUUCUCAUUCUUUCCCCAUUCUUUCAUUCUUUUUCUUUCCUUAGUUUGUUCUUUCUUUCAUUGUCAUUUUUCUUGAUGUCUCUUCUUUUACCUCAUUUCUGUCUUUAUUUAUUUCCAUUCUUGUCUUUCGUUCUCACAUUUCCCUUCAUUUCUCACAUUUUCUUUCAUUUUUAAUCUAACCUUUUCUUUAAUUUUUUGUUUUUCUUUCUUUCUUUCUUCAUCCCAUUUCUCUUUCAUUCUCUCCCACCUUUCGCAUCAUUUCUUUCUCUCUUCUUUCUUUCUUUCUUUCUUUCUUUCAUUCAUUCUUGUCUUGUCUCAGAUAUAUUUUAUUUGAUAAAGUAUCUUGGACAGAUGUUUCUAAUAAACGUGUUGAACUGAUUUGCCUUGUUCUUAUGUAAAAUAAACAAAUAAAUGAAUAAACCUGCCGUUUGUUCACUUUAA